CGCGCAUGUCACACAACACGUGCAUCAGCCACGGUGUUUUUUCGUGGCGGUUGUGUUUACAUGAUUGUCUAGGGAAGUAAAACCAUUUUUUAAAAGUCAUUUAUAUAAUAACACGAAUAUAUCUAUUGUAAAUGGGGGGUCUACAGAAAAAGAAGUAUGAGAGGGGCUCUGCCACCAACUACAUCACACGGAACAAAGCCCGCAAGAAGCUGCAGCUGAGCCUGGCAGAUUUCAGACGCCUGUGCAUUCUGAAAGGCAUCUACCCUCAUGAGCCCAAGCACAAGAAGAAGGUGAACAAGGGUUCCACGGCCCCCCGUACAUUCUACCUGCUCAAAGACAUCCGGUUCCUCCUGCACGAGCCCAUCGUUCGAAAGUUUAGAGAGUACAAGGUGUUUGUGCGCAAACUGAGGAAGGCAUAUGGAAAGGCAGAAUGGACCGGGGUGGAGAGACUGAGAGAUAACAAGCCUGGCUACAAACUGGACCACAUCAUCAAGGAGAGGUACCCCACUUUCAUCGAUGCCCUCCGUGACAUCGACGACGCCCUUUCCAUGUGCUUCCUGUUCUCCACCUUUGCUCGCACGGGGAAGUGCCACGUCCAGACCAUCACGCUAUGCCGACGCCUCACUGUGGAGUGGAUGAACUACAUAGUCACAUCUCGCUCUCUCAGGAAGGUUUUCCUCUCCAUCAAGGGGAUUUACUAUCAGGCAGAGGUCCUUGGACAGCUCAUCACCUGGCUCGUGCCCUACCAGUUUGCCCAUGACCACCCGACAGAUGUGGACUACAGAGUAAUGGCCACCUUCACAGAGAUGUACACUACCCUCUUUGGCUUCAUUAACUUCCGCCUCUACCAGACCCUCAACCUGGUCUACCCGCCCAAGCUGGACAGCAAAGCUGAGUCGGAGCUGAAGGCAGAGCACGAGGAGGACUACGCUAUGGACUCAGAGAGCUACUUGGAGAAACUGUCAGCCCUGAGUGCCAGCCUGGCACGGGUGGUCGCCACCGCAGAGGAGGAGGAGAACCAGCUGGACCAGUUCCCUACCGAGGGGGAGGACCUGGAGAAUAUGGAGGCCAGAGAGAAGGUGCAGAAAGAGCAGGAGGCCCAGAAAAGGCUUUUUGAGGGGCUCAAGUUCUUCCUGAACAGGGAAGUUCCAAGAGAGUCACUGGCUUUUAUCCUGAGGUGUUUUGGUGCUGAGGUGUCCUGGGACAAGUCCCUCUGCAUUGGUGGCACCUACGAAGUGACCGACGAGACAAUCACCCAUCAGAUUGUGGACAGGCCUGACCUGGACAAGCAGUACAUCAACAGGUACUACAUCCAGCCCCAGUGGGUGUUUGACUCAAUCAACGCCAAGAUGCGCCUGCCCGUUGAGGACUACUUCCUGGGGACGACGCUGCCGCCCCACCUGUCGCCCUUCGUGGAGGAGAAGGACGGCGACUACGUGCCCCCGGAGAAGUUAAAGCUCAUGGCCCUGCAGCGCGGCGAGAAGCCCGUACAAGAUGAGGAGGAGGAGGAAGAAGAAGAGGAUGAUGAUGAUGAGGAGGAAGAGGAAGAAGAGGGUGAUGACGAUGUGGACGAAGAAGAGUUGACCGAGGAGAAGAAUCUGAAGAAGAUGGAGAAUAAGCGAGCCGAGGGCAAGACUUUGGGGGUGAAGGUGACCCCCGGCAAAGUGAAACCCUGGGAAACUGGUUCCGUGGGGAACAAGGUGCGCCUUGAGCAGGAGGAGAAGGCAGAGGAGAAGCGUCUGGCCAUCAUGAUGAUGAAGAAGAAGGAGAAGUACCUGUACGACAAGAUCAUGUUUGGCAAGAAGAGGACGACCCGAGAGGCAAACAAACUGACGGCCAAGAGAAAGGCCCACGAAGACGCCAGCAAGGCUCAGAAGAAGAAGAAAAAAGCCAAGAAACAGUAGCCACCUAACUGUGGAUAUUCAU